GGAAGGAGACGACGGAUCUCCUGCAGGACAAUGUGAGACACAGAGAGUUGAUCCAACGCAGUUAGCGAGCAGCCAGGAUGGAAGUGGGGAUAAUUUAACGCAUCUCUGUAGCUCGAUCUCGACCCGAACAUUGUUGGACACCCGUGUUUUUUAAUAUCCAGAGGAAGCGGCCGCAGCGAUGGGAAUACUGCGCUGAGGAGAGAGCGGGCGGCAGGGCCAAGAAACGGGAGAAAGAUGGGUGUCGUGCUGCGGAGCCUGUUGUUGUGUAGUUUUUGUUUUCUCAUACGAGGUGUGCCGCUGCUGCUAUAUGCGAACCGGCGAGACCUUCGGCUCGUGGAUGCGGCACACGAGAAGGCCAACGCCACGAUAGUGGUGGGGGGGCUGGAGGAUGCUGCUGCCGUGGACUACGUUUACUCCCAGGGCCUCAUCUACUGGAGCGACGUGAGCGAGGAGGCCAUCAAACGCACCGUCUUCAACUUGUCGGGGGCCAGCGCGGUCCAGACGGUGGUCCCGGGUCUGGCCUCCCCAGAUGGACUGGCCUGUGAUUGGUUAGGGAGCAAACUUUAUUGGACAGACUCGGAAACCAAUCGGAUCGAGGUGGCGGAGCUCGAUGGGUCCUUGAGGAAAGUUUUGUUUUGGCAGGAGCUGGACCAGCCGAGGGCCAUCGCUCUGGAUCCAGAACGAGGGUACAUGUACUGGACAGACUGGGGUGAGAUCCCAAAGAUUGAGCGGGCGGGGAUGGACGGGACGAAUCGCUCCAUGAUCAUCAAUAAAGAGAUCUACUGGCCCAACGGUCUGACACUGGACUACAGCCAGGAGAAACUGUACUGGGCCGACGCCAAACACAACUUUAUCCACCGAUCCAACCUGGACGGAUCCUCCAGGGAGGUUGUGGUUAAAGGGGAGCUGCCUCACCCGUUCGCCCUCACCCUGUACGAGGACACACUGUUCUGGACUGACUGGAACACCCACUCCAUCCACUCCUGCAGGAAAGAGACCGGAGCCGAGCAACGCAUCGUCCACUCCGACAUCUUUUCACCAAUGGACAUCCACGUCUUCAGCGCCAAGAGACAAAACAUCUUAGCGAGCAGUCCGUGCUCGGUGAAGAACGGAGGAUGUUCCCACCUCUGUCUCCUCUCUCCGCUGAAGCCCUUCUUUCAGUGUGCAUGUCCCACAGGAGUCCAGCUGCUGGAGGACGGGAAGACCUGCAGAGACGGUGCCACUCAGAUGCUGCUGUUAGCUCGGCGAACGGACCUGCGGCGCAUCUCUCUGGACAUGCCAGACUUCACCGACAUCAUCCUGCAGGUGGACGACAUCCGCCACGCCAUCGCCAUUGACUACGACCCUGUGGAGGGAUACAUCUACUGGACGGAUGAUGACGUGAAGGCCAUCCGCCGCUCCCUGCUGGACGGCAGCGACGCCCAGUUUGUGGUCACGUCUCAGGUGAACCACCCUGAUGGCAUUGCUGUGGACUGGAUCGCCAGAAACCUGUACUGGACCGACACGGGGACUGAUCGUAUCGAGGUGACCCGACUCAACGGGACCAUGCGCAAGAUCCUGAUCUCUGAAGACCUGGACGAGCCCAGAGCCAUCGUCCUGGACCCAGUGGCUGGUUACAUGUACUGGACCGACUGGGGCGAGGUGCCAAAGAUCGAGCGGGCUGACCUGGAUGGUAUGGAGCGGCAGGUGAUGGUCAACACAUCUCUGGGCUGGCCCAACGGCCUCGCCCUCGACUACGAAGAACGCAAACUCUACUGGGGAGACGCCAAGACGGAUAAGAUUGAGGUGAUGAACAUGGACGGGACGGGGCGACGGGUGCUGGUGGAGACCAACCUCCCCCACAUCUUCGGCUUCACUCUGCUGGGCGACUUCAUCUACUGGACCGACUGGCAGCGCCGCAGCAUCGAGCGCGUCCACAAACGCACCGCGGAGAGAGAGGUCAUCAUCGACCAGCUGCCUGACCUCAUGGGCCUCAAGGCCACGAAUGUGCACAAGUCCUUCGGUACAAACCUGUGUGCGGAGAACAACGGCGGCUGCAGUCACCUGUGUCUCUACAAGCCUCAGGGCGUCCAGUGUGGCUGUCCCAUCGGCCUGGAGCUCAUCGCCGACAUGAGGACCUGCAUCGUCCCCGAGGCCUUCCUGCUCUUUUCCCGCCACACCGACAUCCGCCGCAUCUCCCUGGAGACCAACAACAACAACGUGGCCAUCCCGCUCACCGGCGUCAAGGAGGCCUCGGCGCUCGACUUCGACGUCACCGACAACCGGAUCUACUGGACCGACAUCACUCUGAAGACCAUCAGUCGGGCGUUUAUGAACGGCAGCGCUCUGGAGCACGUGGUGGAGUUCGGUCUGGACUACCCUGAAGGGAUGGCGGUGGACUGGCUGGGGAAGAACCUGUACUGGGCCGACACCGGCACCAACCGCAUCGAGGUGGCCAAACUGGACGGGCAGCACCGGCAGGUCCUAGUCUGGAAGGAUCUGGACAGUCCGCGAGCUCUGGCUCUGGAUCCCGCUGAAGGGUACAUGUACUGGACCGAGUGGGGCGGGAAGCCAAAGAUCGACCGAGCAGCGAUGGACGGGUCGGGUCGGAUCACUCUGGUGGCGGACGUGGGCCGAGCCAACGGACUCACCAUCGACUACGCAGAGCGUCGCCUCUACUGGACCGACCUCGACACCACGCUCAUCGAAUCCUCCAACAUGCUCGGUCAGGACCGUGAGGUGAUAGCCGACGACCUCCCCCACCCCUUCGGCCUCACCCAGUACCAGGACUACAUCUACUGGACCGACUGGAGCCAGCGCAGCAUCGAGCGAGCCAACAAGACCAGCGGUCAGAACCGCACCGUCAUCCAGGGCCACCUGGACUACGUCAUGGACAUCCUGGUGUUUCACUCGUCCAGACAGGGCGGCUGGAACGCCUGCGCCUCCACCAACGGGCAUUGUUCACACCUCUGCCUCGCCGUCCCCGUCAGCAGCUUCGUCUGCGGCUGCCCCGCCCACUUCUCUCUCAACUACGACAACAAGACGUGCAGCGCUCCGACUUCCUUCCUGCUGUUCAGCCAGAAAACAGCCAUCAACCGUAUGGUGAUCGACGAGCAGCAGAGUCCAGACAUCAUCCUGCCGAUCCACAGCCUGAGGAACGUCCGAGCCAUCGACUACGACCCGCUGGACAAACAGCUAUACUGGAUCGACUCCAAGCAGAACGUCAUCCGCCGCGCUCAGGAGGACGGCAACCAGAGUAUGACAGUGGUGUCGAGCUCUCUGGGCGGACCCAGCCAGGGUCUGCAGCUGUACGACCUGAGCAUCGACAUCUACAGCCGCUUCAUCUACUGGACCAGCGAGGUCACCAACGUCAUCAACGUCACCCGGACGGACGGCAGCAGGGUCGGAGUGGUGCUGAGAGGAGAGCACGACAAACCCAGAGCCAUCGUGGUCAACCCGGAGAGAGGGUACAUGUACUUCACCAACCUGCUGGAGCGCUCUCCGAAGAUCGAGCGGGCGGCGCUGGACGGGACGGAGCGUGAGGUGUUGUUCUUCAGCGGUUUGGGGAAACCUGUCGCUCUGGCCAUCGAUAACGAGGUGGGGAAGCUGUUCUGGGUCGACUCGGACCUGCGGCGCAUUGAGAGCAGCGACCUCUCCGGAGCCAAUCGGAUCGUGAUCGCCGACUCCAACAUCCUGCAGCCGGUGGGUCUGACAGUGUUCGGGAACCACCUGUACUGGAUCGACAAGCAGCAGCAGAUGAUCGAGCGCAUCGACAAGACGACGAGGGAGGGACGCACCAAGAUCCAGGCUCGCAUCGCCUACCUGAGCGACAUCCACGCCGUCCACGAGCUGGACAUGAGAGAAUACAGUAAACACCCGUGUACCUGGGACAACGGCGGCUGCUCCCACAUCUGCAUCGUGAAGGGAGACGGGACGACUCGCUGCUCGUGUCCCGUCCACCUGGUGCUGCUGCAGGACGAGCUCUCCUGUGGAGAGCCUCCCACCUGCUCCCCAGAGCAGUUCUCCUGUACCUCCGGUGAGGUGGACUGCAUCCCUCAGGCCUGGAGGUGCGACGGUUACCCCGAGUGUGACGACAGCAGCGACGAGGAGGACUGUCCCAUCUGCUCCGAGACCGAGUUCCAGUGCGACAGCCGGCAGUGCAUCGACCAGAGCCUGCGCUGCAACGGAGAGAUCAACUGUCAGGACCGCUCCGACGAGAACAAGUGUGAAGUACGUUGUCCUCCAGACCAGUUCACCUGCUCUAAUGGUCAGUGCAUCGGUAAACACAAGAAGUGCGACCACAACAUGGACUGUACUGACAACUCUGACGAGAUCGGCUGCUAUCCUACAGAGGAGCCUCCUCCUCCGUCCAACAACACCAUCGGCUCCAUCGUGGGCGUCGUCAUGGCGCUGUUCGUGGUGGGCGCCGUGUACUUCGUGUGUCAGCGCGUCCUCUGCCCGCAGAUGAAAGACGACGGCGAGACGGUCACCAACGACUUUGUGGUCCACGGGCCGUCGUCAGUGCCGCUGGGAUACGUGCCGCAUCCGAGCUCGCUGUCCAGCUCACUGCCAGGUAUGUCCAGAGGGAAGUCUGUGAUUGGCUCCCUCAGCAUCAUGGGCGGGAGCAGCGGACCUCCGUACGACCGAGCUCACGUGACGGGAGCUUCGUCCAGCAGCUCGUCCAGCACCAAGGGGACGUACUUCCCUCCGAUCCUGAACCCUCCUCCGUCUCCUGCUACAGUCCGCUCUCAGUACACUAUGGAGUUUGGUUAUUCUUCAAACAGUCCCUCAACACACAGAUCCUACAGCUACCGGCCCUACACCUACCGCCACUUUGCCCCUCCCACCACCCCCUGCAGCACCGACGUGUGCGACAGCGAUUACACGCCGGGACGCCGGGCGCCGCUCAAGUCCAGCGACGCUGCCUCCACCACCGCCGGCAAGGGCUACACCAGCGACCUCAACUACGACUCGGAGCCUUUCCCGCCGCCGCCGACGCCCCGCAGCCAGUACCUGUCGGCGGAGGAGAACUGCGAGAGCUGCCCGCCGUCGCCUUACACCGAGCGCAGCUACUCCCACCACCUCUACCCGCCACCACCCUCGCCCUGCACGGACUCCUCGUGAGCCCCCCACAGUCCCCCUCUGCGCACAGCUCCACACCCCCCCUCACUGUAAAUAGCAAUUGUGCAUAUAUGAGGUUAAAAAUGGGAGACUGAUGAAGAGGAGGAGGAGGAGUGACACGCAGGACGAGAAAAGGAAACAAACAGGAGCUGCAGAACAUUUGUACAUUGAAAAAGAGAAAAAGCAUAUUUAUAUAUUUUCUAUACAGUGUUUACUGAUGAUGCCAUAGAGGUUUGUAUUAAGAAAUUUGUACAUUUUUUUAAGAAAAAGGUUUUAUUAAAAUCAUCACAAAUAUAAGUUGCCUUAAACCAGGAGAAAAAGAGGCUGAAGGACAAAAAGCACACAGCGGGACGUUUUAACUUAUCUGAUGCCAAAUAUGAAAAACAUCUACAGGAGAAAAAGAAGAAGAGGAAGAGCGCCCCCCGGAGGCUCGGCCGGCAGUGUCUGUAGUUACCAUGUAAACUGGAGAAAGGCCCGUGUGAGAACGUGGUACUGGGUCUUUGAUUUUUAAAUUUACCUCCUCAGUUACGAAACGGUUCGUAAGAUCGUGUCUGAUGAGGAGGUGAGUCAUGUGACCAAUCAGGAAGCAAUAACACGACAAGGCACAUAUUUAUUACCCGAUCAAUCAAAGCAGGAGCAGCUCUGAGAGUGAUGAUGAGGCUGCGGUGGAUCAGACAGCAAGUUUGAUAAAAUUCUACGGAGGCCCUGAAGUGACAAAAUGUUUCAGAGACUUAUCAGGAAGUCUGAAGACAAUUGGCCUUCUUGGUUUGUUUUUGUAUGCUAUGAACAAGAGAUGUUAACGGUUAAUUAGCGGGCAUAUUUUUGACCGUUAUUCAUGUCGUCUGUGGGUUAAUUCUGCUGCUCUUCAGUUUGUGGGCGCUAGCUAAAAUGGCACCAUGCAUUAAGUGGUUACUGCCAGUGACGCCAACUUGACCCAACUGUGUUGCUGUGGAAACAUUGUGCCCACCCUCCAGUCUCCUCCCACGUCACCCUGGUGAGUAAGCGCCUCAAUUUUGAGCUGCAAAUUCCCUUUAGCAUCAGUUAGCUCUGUUAGCACCAGUAGCAGUGACAGCACAGCUAGUGGUGCUAACAACAAUGCUAAUUGGGUUACGCUGCUCCAAAUGAAACCGCUUACUCAUGACGUGAAUUUUCUCAGUAGGACAUGCUCCUGGAUCAACAUCCCACAUCGCAUUCCAGUACCAUCACUGCAAUCAACCAAUCACAGCCCUCUGACAUCAUCAAUGUGCUUUGAGCUUCAUCAGAGCUAAGCAAGUCUUUCAAACUGAAGUUAGCACACUGAAACAAAAUCCUUCUAAGCCACUGCAGGGUUAGUGAGUUGGCUUGCUAAGUAGGCUGGCUAUGCUAACACGUAAACUUGCCAAUAGACUAGAAUAUCAGCGAGUAGGUUUGCUAACCAGGUAGGCUAUGCUAACGAGUGAGGAUUUAAUAAGCUAUAUAAAGGAGGGUAAGUGUGUUUAAUGCAGCUCUUUGUUAGCGAACAAUAUUCUAGCCCAUUGGCAAGCUUACUGUUAGCAUAGCCUUCCAAGUUAGCAAGCUAACUCGCUAAUAUUCUAGCCUAUUGGUAAGCUUACUUGUUAGCGUAGCCAACCUAGUUAGCAAGCUAGCUCACUAACCCUGCAGUAGCUUACAGGGUUUUUGUUCAUUACUGAGGAUUUUGUUCAGUUUUACUAACUUAAUUUCGGAAGCUUGGCUCUGAAGAAGCACAAAGGAAUUUUAAAAGAAGCACAGGAGCAGCACACUAAUGAUGUCAGAGGGCUGUGAUUGGUUGAUAAAAAUGUUGGUCCAGGAGCGUCAUGAGGGAUGUUGAUUCAGGAACAUGUACUACUUGGCAAAAUCACGUUGUGCUUGGAGGGUAGCCACAAUGUUUCACAUACUGAAAUAAGCAGCUCUGCUAGCUAGGCUAACGAUGGCUAACAAGUGGAGACCAAAGGGUGGGCUGUGAGCGCUGUGCUUCACGCAGCUAGCUGUCUGUCCGCAAAGCCAACAGAAAAAAAACAUGAGAUAUUAAAAUUUCACCUCUAAAUAGAUAGCGCUUUGAAAUGCGGCACUAACGCUCGCUAGGUCAAUGUAGCAGCGGACUAAAAGGAAAGGUCGCUUGUAUUUGACAUUAUUUUUUCUAUUUUUGUUUUUUCUUUUAAAAUUAAUAUUCGUUGGCUAUUGAAAGCAAAAUUAACCAAAACUGGCAUCUCCACUAGAAACCAGUUCUUGCGUUUGUCCCCUCAGGGCCUCCAUACAGAACACUAAAACAUACAUUAUCCACUAGAUGUUAAAGAUCAGAUGUCACAUGACUCACGUCCUCCAAUCAUCGUGAUGUUCAGACGGGAUUUAAACCAAAACGUACGCUUGUGUUUCACAUGUUCUGUUCUCGUUGAGAUGCUCGACUGCAACUUGUGUGUUUGUGAGUGAAUCGACCCAAAGCUGCACAGCGAACACAUCAACUCUUUUCUGUUUUUAGUCUUUGUGGAGGACGCAGCGUUUCCCACCAUGAACACGAUCUUGUGCCUGACCAGUUCCACGUCUUCAUUACGUUUUUUUUUUAUGUUGUUGUUACUUUGAGGAAAAAAAACACAAAGGAAACCAGUGCCCACUAAAUGCUAUAUAGUAUUUUUGUACCACAUAUUGUGUAGAUAACGUAUUUAUAAGCUAUAUAGAAAAUCAUUGUAAAUCUAUCCAUUGAACUCUUGCAGUACUUUUCAUUCCGUCUUUUUUUAUAUUGCCUCAUUAUAUUUUUCUACAGAGUUUCACUCCAAACGUUCGGCGACAAUCUCAGAUCAGAAGAACAUAUCCAGGUUUUUAGUGUCUGUUCAUGUUUGAAGGCUGUUUGUGCCAAAAGAAUCUGUAAACAAAGUGGAAGCAGAUGUUGGGACCAGAGGUGAAAACAUGAGGCGGCUGUUGCCUUGAGUCAACAAUCAAUUUUGUUUUUUUUUUUCUUUUGUAAAUCUGUUUGUGUGUUUGUGCUUCUUGUGACGACCAGAAAUAUAUUUUUCAAGAUAACCCGUUGCAUCAUCUGAUAAUCGUCACGUUUUAACUUCGUGUUGUUCAGUUUCUCGUUGAGCUUCUGAGAAAAAUAACACCAGCAUGAAUCUGACAAUCUCAAUGUUUUACACAUCGCUUUUAUUAUUUCAUCAGUCCGACGUGUCUGUGGCUCCAUUUUUAAAUAUCAUAUCAUUCAAAGCACAAACAAAUAUCAUCUGUCUUAAUGAGACAUUUUAAUUAAAAGAAAUUCUGGAUAAAAUUCUGGAAAGUGAGAAUUAUCCAAGUCAAAUAAUGUCGCUGUAAUGACACUGUAAUAUGUAAUUUUUUACAGUGCAGUGACGUUACCGGCAUUCGGAAUAUCAAAUUAAAAUAUUGCUUUUGUGAACAAAAAACACCAAAUAUCAACAAUGAUGUUUAGAGCUGGGUGUCGUCAUAAAAUCCUUGAUACAAGUAAAAUACAAAUCCUCUUUUUCAGUUUUGGCACAAAUAUUAAAUACCAUUUUAUGAUCUUUUACUUUGAGGAAUAUAUUAAAAGAAAAAGAAGAUUGAAUUAAACCAAAAUUCUCAAAUAUUUUGGCACAAACGUACAUGAAUGGGAAAAAUAUGUCAGUAACCGAAAAAUGUAUAAAUAUUCAUGUUUGAUACCCAGCUCUAAUAAUCAGCCUUUACGUGUUCUUUUGUUUUAUUUAAUUGAAAUAUUUGCAUCAUCUCGUUGAAAUAAUAAUAAAAAUAAUUCUCACUCUCUAAAGACAGAAAAUGGCAGCUGGUCUUUAUCAAAAAAAUAUAUUUGAUCCGAGAAACAGAAUUAUUCAAAGCCAACAGAGUUCUGCGAGAUAUUUUUGGUAUCUUGUGCAAACAAUUUAUUAAAUGGUGCGCAUACAAAACAAUAACUGACAUUAUUUUUUUCUUUAAUUUAUCGUUUUGGCGCACAAAUUAUUUAUUUGGCUGUAAAGUAAUUAUUUUGGGUGCAAAGGUUAUUAUUGUCUUGACUGCAAAUAAUUAUCCUGGGCGCAAAAGUUAUUGAUGUAGUUGACAAAUUAUAAAUUUGGAUGCAAAAGUUUUCUCUAAAUAUUGGAGUAACAGUUAGUUUGCCGAAGGAAACUUUUGCCUUAUAAGAUAGUUGUAAGAAUUAAUAUUUUGUGUGCACAAGGUAUAAAAAAAAUUAUCUGUAUGGACUUUGGCUUUGUUGAUUUUCGACUCUGUAAUAUGUUUUUUUUUAACAGUGCAGUUUUACUGUGCAGAAAAUCUAAAAAGUCUCAUUUAUCUGAACAGAAACUCAAACCACCAAACACCAGUGACGACUCCAGUCAAACCUGGACCAGAUCAUGAGUCCAUACACUUUUGGCUCUCUGCUGCCUCCAUACAUCUUCCGCAUCUGUCCACAUCUGUUCGCUGAGAGCUACCUGUGGUACAAUCACUGCUCGUCUGCACAUCCAGGUGUGUUUUCAGGCACAUUCACAUCAGUCUAUAAGAAUCAUUGUUGGGAGACGUUCUCAUUUUCUGACUGCACUUUACAGGACUUUUUUUUAAAUUUUAUUUUAUUUUUUUUAAGUUUGUUUCUGGUACAAAACUUCACAGUAAAGUUGUUAAAGGAGGACGUUUGGUUUGUUUAGAAGAGUCCAAAAAAAAAAAGAUGACGGAGACCUUUUCAGAUUUUUCUCGUCUGGUCGGUGUCGGGAACGUUUUGGUGAAUCGUUCCCUCACUGUGCUUCUUUUAUACUCUCAGUUUACCUCAUGUUCCCUGGGAUUAAUAAUUUGUACCAUUUUUAAAAUUAUAAAUCAAACUCUUUUCUCUUCUGAGCAUUUUCUGUCUCUGCAAAGAGUUUUAAUGAGCCAAAUAAAAUCUGUAGGAUCACAGAAAAAUGUGUAUUUAGCUGUGAAACAAUCUUUGACGUCUAUGAUAUGGAAUAUAUGGAAGGUCAAAGAUGUCGGAAAUGUUGUGUUUAAGAUUUAAUGAAACAUUUAAAUCUGAAACGUUAGAGUGACAAAACUAUUAAUUGUAGAGGACUUGGUUUAUUUAAAAGGUACAAAUUAAUAAUUUGAGGGAACCAAUAAAAAUCAAGGGUACUAAUUACUUUUUGAGAGUAUAUUUUAAAAAAAAGCGCAUUAAGAAUGCUAAAUCCUGAUUUAAAGGGCUGAGUAUAAACUUUUUUGUUUCUAGAAAAACUCAAAUUUCUCAAAAGCUAAAAUUUAAGUAGUAAAAGAGAAAAUUCAAACAGCCGUACGAGAAAUCUGUCCAAUAAAAUAUUGUUUAAUAUUUGCUAGCGAUGUACUAGUUUUGUUAUUUUUGGGGCAUUUUAUGUCUUUAUUUGCCGACUGACACAUUUAUGGUUGGCUCGUAAAACUUGAAACAAUUUUUUAUUUAGAAAUUUUGAUUGAAUUUUGAAACUUUUAACUUAAAUCAGGAACUUUAUGAUCAACGUUUGAUUUUAACUACCUCGGUGUUUUGGACACAUUUCGCUCGGUACAAGUGUUUCCGUUCGAUACUCAGCCUUAUUAAACAGAUUUGAUAAUAAAACAAUAAAUUUGCGUGACACCAGAGAGAAAACAAGACAAAUCAAACGUAUGAAUCUGAACGUGACGUUAAAACAAACUGAAUUCAGAGUUUUGGACAUUUUGUACAAAAGUGACGAAGGUGGUUGAAAAGGUCAAAGAAUGUUGAAAUGUAAAGAGAUUGAUUCAUUUUUAUUUUUAUUUUUUUUUAAAGCACUUUUGUCUCCAGGUUUUUUUAAUCGGAGUUUUGACAGGAAAACAGAAGUUCUUGUUGUCGUUUUUUUGUUGUCCUUCAUCCGUUCUGCUCUCAUGGUGCUCUGCGAGGACGAACCAACGUUGGGUUCGUCGUGUUUGUUUAAUUUCCACUAACUGUACGUUUUUAUACGACGACUGCUUUACCUGUAAACCAGAGUACCAGAUGGACCUGUACAGCCCAUCCAGCUGCCACCAUAAGCUGUUGUAACUCAUGAAAUGCUGAUUUUUUUUCCUUUUUGUUAAAUAUAAAGUGAGUGAACUUUUAAAA